CCUGGGAAGACUCUUACGUGCGUUCAGUGUCUCGUGAGAGACUUAGAAAAGUCCCAAUGGACGAGACUAGCGCGGGAAGAGUGAAGUUCCUGGACGAACAUAUGGAGAAUUACAACAUUGAGCACUCGGCGCUCCACAGGAAGCUGCAGAGUAAGGUGGAGGCGCUGAAGAUCAUGCGGAAGGAGCUGGAGCGCUUCCGGACGGAGCGCGACCAGUUCAAACUGAUGGCGGAAACCCUGCAAAUGCGCUACACGGCCAUCAAGAAAAGCCUACAUUCGAGCGAUUCCGGGAGCGUGGAGUACAUGGAGAGAUCGAGCGUUGCUGCUCUGGUGAAUGAUCUGCGUGAGAAGAACACUUCUCUGGCCACGGAUCUCGAGUGCCUGCGACAGAGUUUGUCCGAGAAGGAAGGCGACAUUCGCGUGCUGAGGGAGAUGCGAUGUCAGCUGUGUGAAAAGUGCCAGAGAGACAGAUUCUCUGGCCAGGAAGACUCUUCCCAGAUUGCCUGGAAUGAGGAGAAGUCCAGGUUCAUUGCGCAACUGGAGGAGUUGAAGAAGAAGAAUGCGCAGCUCAAGUAUGACUUCCGGGCGCUGCUGGACGAGAAGGAGGAAGUGGUGACGGAGCGGGACGCCUUCAAGUGCAAAGUUCACAGACUCAAUCAUGAGCUGAGUAUCGCGCUGAAGGGCGGUGAGUCGCAAGUCAAAGUCCUCGAUAUCGAUUCGCUGGUGCGGGAGAACAAAUAUUUGCAGGAGAGACUGAAAAAUGUGGAGAACGAGCUGGAGCUCGUACAGCAUUCUCUCAACAAGUACAAGACGAUGCUGGAGAUGAAGAGGAACAAGAAGGGAGUCGUGAAGCUCGGCAGCAGCAACAGUGAUAUGAUAAUGUCGCACAAACAAGUGAAGGUUCUUCUGGAGCGAGGCACGGAUGCCGAGCUGCCUAACAAGGCGGCCACGAUUGCUGACCUCAAGAGUCUGUGUCUGGCUCUGCUGGACAAUGUGAACGACAAGAGUCUGGCGCUGACGCACCAGAAGAAGGCCAAUAAGAUCCUGGCACUGCGGAUUUCCGAGCUGGAGCAGAGAUUGGGGCAGUCGAGUUGGACGGCGUCGCCGUCCGAGGUAUUGCUCAACGGCUACUCGGCGUCGAAUGUGGACAAAGAUCUGGAGGGCGUCGCGUCGAGUGCCAACGCCUCGGCUUCCACCGGAUCCGUGUCGAACGAUGAGAGUGAGGAAGAGGAGAAUUCCUCUGCGUCCGAGCGCGAGUCUGUGGUCGAUUGCGAGGAGAAGCUGGAGGAUCUGCCACCGGAACUGGCGCAGCUCGUGGAGAAGGCGCUCAGAGAGCACGAAUCGAGCGCAGAGUCCCAAUUAGAGGCAGAAAUGCAGCUGAAUUGAAAUUCUUCUGAGGUGUUGCACAGGAAUGGUGGAAAAGGAGUCAUAAAUUUUCACAUUUUCUCUUGGAUUUACAAGAAGAAAAUGUUCCAGCAAAUCGUCUCGGGAAUUUUUAUGGCGGAGAACUAUUGAUUGAAGCAUAAUUGCAUUCGGACUGUGGAAACCUGGAAGUCUCGAGCUCUAAUUGGAGUGUUCCAUUUUCUUAAUUUCCCUCAUGUAAAUAGAGAAUUUUGGUGGCUGUAUUAAAUAAUGU